CUUCGUCGCCUUUCAACCCGUUAAGCAUGCACUGCUGCUUUACACGUUUUAUAGCUCUUUUAUCCACAUUUUGGUGAUACUGUAUCAAAUAUGUUCAAAAGGACACUGACAAACCACUGCUUUUCUUUGUUUGCCAUAGCAGGCUGUGUUUCUGGGUAAAAUGUUAAAGAAGAGGUGAAAAUAUGAAACACGAAAAGGUUUGGCGCUGCAACAAAGAGACAUUUAUUAGGCAGUAAAAUCUUAAAGCUGGAGCUGCGACGUUAAAGACGAGCAAGAGGAAAAGACAAAAACAACAAGCACAAAUGGAUACUUGAUGAGGUCAUCUUUUUUAUUAUUACAUCACAACAAACGUGCAUGAUCAGUUUGAAUAAGUACAUUUUAAAAAAUCAUUUUUUUCUCAUUAAUGGACACAUAAUACAAAUGCACUCCUGGACAUACACACUACGUAAACACACGCGUAGAAGCGCACAUCCAAAACAGUACAAAGGGUUAUUCAAUGGAUUACAUUAGACAUAGAUACGAGCUCUAUAAUGAAUUUAUAUGGCCAUAUGUUCUGGUAAUAAAUGGUCAUUGGUCACUGGUUCAUUCUGCUUAAAUGGCAGCUGUGGAAUAAACCGACUUAGACCUUCAACCUGUACAAAACACACAACUUUAACCCGAUCUGAUUUAACAUCUGGUAAAUUUAGUAAAUGGCUUCAUUUCUGUAAACAUGUGGGGAAAUAUUUGAGUCUCCACAGACUUGGGCGCAUUCAUCAGCACACACACACACACUCACACACACACACACACACACACACGCACCAGGACACCAUUUGGCGUUAUCCGGGUUAAGGUCUGGCGUCUGGCCUUUUAAAUUUCAUGGUUGAAUCUGAACUCAGCAGCCAUGACAAACAUCACACUUCCUAAUGCGUAUACACAUUACAUUCACUUUUAUGCCACGAAGACCAAAUACUGAGUAUUAUAUCCGUUUAUUUAUGAAUGAGAGGGGUUAGGAUUUAUUUGAACUAAGGUUCAAUUUAGCCUGGGCUAAUUAGGGACGUCAUUUGGUCCUGGUCCAAGAUUUGUUUUCACAUGUCAUUACAUAGCAGUUUUUAUUUUCCUACAGAUGCACUGCACGCGUGGGAUUUGGUUUGAAAUAUGUCUUUUUGGUCUCUCUGGUUAAACUGUCAUUUCGUAUUUGGCAAUUUGUGGAUCACAGUGCACCCAGUUUGAGUUAAUUUCAGCAUAAGUGUGGUUUGUUGUGCUGCAGCACUAUAAUUUCACUUCUCAUAUAUAACUGUCUGUCAGGUCUACACAACCUUAUAUUUAGCUGCACCGAUAAUUCAAUUCAAUUAGUUUUUUUCUCCUUUUUUUUCCAAACCACUGCUGCGCAGUAAAAGAAGAAAGGAUUACAUUUUAAACAUCAAAACAGCAAUUACGCACCAUCAUACUCAUACAGCCUACAGCACACCAAAGAAACAUAGACAAAACACACAUAAACACAAUAUCUCAUAUAUACAAAUAGUCCUGCACCACAUGAUAGAAAUAUAACGUGUGCAGCUUUUAGGAUUUACUAGUGCAUCAGCUAUGUUGUUAUCUACCCCAGCCACUCUGCACAUACGCGUUAAACACUCAGUUUUUAUGUCACACUUGGUCUAAUUUGUGUUCCCUGCGGCACUGCCAUCUGACUUCUUCGGUUACUCCUACUUCACCGUAUAUUAAUAUUAUUUUCUGUGUCGCUGCAAACCUGCAGCAGAGUUCAGGGUUGUUUCACAGCCUACCGACUGACAAGCUACAGCAGGGCAAAAGACGGCAAAGUCCUGCCAUUAGAUACAACAGUAACAUUAUCUCUGUUAUGAAAGCUUUCAUCUAGUUAGCCCUUUAACGAACCUUUUUACCUCCUCUCUGCUCUGCUGUCUCCUCUCUGCUGUCCCCGGCCUCUCUUGUUUGUUAAGAAUUGUUUCACUUCCAUACAGCGGUGCUGGUUUUUAUGUCGAACGGAGAACGCGGAUGCCGUCUUAUUAACGACACGUUUAUGAACAAUCAAAUGGUCCUCGUUAAAAUUUAUUGAUGGGCAUAAAAACAUGAACGGUCACUAGCCGAAUAUAGCCCGCUGUAGUGGGCUGCUUGUCAAGAAUCUGAAUCCCCUCCUCUCCUAUCUCUUCAGAUCCCAUUUAGGAAAUGUUUGGUCUGUUGCGCCCUCUUUAAAACAGUGCAAACUUUAUUGUUGGUGUAUCCUGCAUCCCGUAUUUUGAUUCCAUCCCCUGCUCUGUGCAGUCUGUAUGUGGCCACUGUUAAGGCGUCUCCCCCCCAUUUAGAAAUAAACAGCAUUCCACAGGAAGUUAUAAAGCAUUCACUUUAUCAAAUGUGCAGCUGCUUUAAAACCGAUAAAAGGCGCAAAUGAUUCAAUAAACACUUUAAUGCUGUAAUACUAUCCAUUGCAAUAACAUGGGGCUACGGUAGAUUUUGCCAGACAGAGAUUGAUUACACCAUCAAAUAGUGCCUUGCUCGCUUUCAGACGUAAUGUGCGCAGGUCUGUGCUGCGACUAGAGAAAGAGACGCCAUGAGCGUUACAAAUGCAUACUUUCUUCAUAAAGAAACAUGGUUGUUGACGUUACCUCUAAUACGUCCAGGAACGAGAGCAAAAGAGCACAUUCUUUAAUCCGAUUUAUGUGCUUUGGUAUCCCAGGAUAAGUGGCGCAUUGAUCCACUGUACAAUUUUUGUGGGGGUAAAUAUAAUCACGUGUCGCUGAGGCAGCCAAUAGGAGCCAAGGAAGCGUUGAGAAAUAAUUACCUGCCUUGAUUGUUCUAUGGCUAGAUAAAAAAGUACACAUACACUCCAUAUAAUAAUCGGAUGCAUGUAAAAGAGUCGGGGAGGCUUCGACAUGUCGACCACGGGUCCCAUAAGUAAUUAUUAUGUGGACUCCUUGAUCAACCAUGAAAACGAGGAUGUCCUUGCUACAGCUCGGUUUUCGGCUCCCGGUUCGCACCCAGCCGGCCCUCGUCCGACGUCCCUAGUACCGGAGUGUGCUGACUAUCCUUCCUGCAGCUUCGCACCCAAGGCACCCGUCUUCUCCACCUCCUGGGCCCCUGUACACUCCCAGUCAUCAGUGGUUUACCAUCCAUACAGUCACCAACCUCACUUAGGCACAGACUCGAGGUAUAUGCGGUCAUGGCUGGAGCCGAUAUCAGGCGCCGUGCCUUUCCAUGGCUAUCCGGGGAACAGCAGGCACUAUGGGCUGAAGCCCGACGCCUUUCAGGAGCACAGAGCCGGCGAGUGUCUCGGCUCCAGCGGACGGACCUACACGGAUUAUCUUUACUGCUCAUCCACUGACAUGCGGGACAAGACUCAGCAGAAUGUUCCCUCUCCCGAGUCGGAGCUCCUGGCUUCAGGGAAACAUAAAGACGAGAAGCCUGAGCUAGAUCCGAAUAACCCAGUGGCAAAUUGGAUACAUGCCCGCUCCACAAGGAAGAAGCGAUGCCCUUACACAAAGUACCAGACUCUCGAACUGGAAAAGGAGUUUUUGUUCAAUAUGUAUCUAACUAGAGACCGCCGAUUCGAGGUCGCUAGGGUCCUGAAUCUGACCGAGAGGCAGGUCAAAAUCUGGUUUCAGAACCGGCGAAUGAAGAUGAAGAAAAUGAACAAAGAAAAGACCGACAGCAAAGAACAAUAAUAUGGACUGCAGCCAGAAACAACCAUAAUAACCACUGGUCACAUGGACAGCACAGAUGUACCAAAACACACGAUGAACUCUCUCUAACUCUCCUCCUCUUCAUAUUUAUCACUUUGUUGGAUUUUUUGUAUUUACCUUAACUUCGAGACUGUUUGAUGCUGACUAUGUUGUUUUCCAGUGCACAUUUAUGUGUCGAGCGUUAAAGGAAAAGAAAAAAAAGGAGAUAAUUACAUUCUGCUUUCACUCCGAAAUACCUUUGUUUUUUUUUUGUUUUUUUUUUGUAAGACAAAUUAUACACGUGCAGUUUGGGCACGUUACAACUGUCUGAAGAAAGAAAAUACUUGAAUUCUUUUGAAUUUCAUAAACCCAUAAUUUAUGAUGUGAAUGUUUUUCCUUCAUGUUUUUUUUUUUUCUUUGUACGUUGUUGUGCAGGUGUAAUAUUUUGUACAGAAACACAACAUCUGCUACCGGACUCGUUUGUCUUGUAUUUUUGUGAUAGUUGUUGCUGUAUUUGUGCAUUUCUCUUAUUAUUAUUAUUAUUAUUUUUGGACUGUAGCCUUCGAAUUUAACUAUAAAGUGUAGAUAUAGAUCUCUGCAAAUAUAAACAUAAUCACUAAGUGCUUGUAUUCUGUAUUCAUUGUGAGUGCAUCGUGUUUGCGACCAUUUAAGUAAUGAAUGC